AUGUCAAUUGAAGCUGAGGGAAGCCCUUGUCCUUAUUGUUCAACGCGACUUAGAUGCUACUUCAUCAAUUUUAACGAGAAGAUGCUAAUAUGCCCAAAGAAAAAGUGUCUUUUUCCGUUCGAUAUAGCAGAUAUUUCACCUUAUAUUAUAAAAUCUGAUUUGCUGAUAGAAAAAGAACGUAUUGUCGGAUCAUCAUCGCAUAUAAAAUCUACUCAACCAUUGAUUCGAUUAAAUAAAGAGGAGCCUUUCAACCCACCAAAUAAAGAUGCUUCGAAUUUUCCUGGAAAUUCAGUCAUCAAUCAGAAUAAUUCUAUUACCUUGAAAACUUUGGGAGUUACAUUGAGAGAUGAUCCAACCAAUAAAAAUAAAUUACAACCGUCCACGGACACCACUUCAAAUUCAGUCGAGAAUGAUUUAGAAAUGUUAUUUAGUAAUUUUCCUAUUCAAGGAACUGAAGGAUCAUUAUCAUCGUUAGUCGAUGCUACAGCAGAGAAUGUUUUGUUAAAUAUUAAUACGACGGGCGAAGCUGGUAACGGAAAUACCCUGACUGUGGGGGAGUAUACAAGAAUGUUAUUCGGGCAAUCGGACAUUGAUAUGAAUUUAGAUAUGUUUUCACUGAAUCCCGAUAUAAUGGGUAUAAGCAUACAAGGUAAUAAUGCAAAUAUGGAAUUAGAUGAACUAUUAGGAACAUUCAAUCCGUUAGAAUGA